AUGUGUUUUUCCUCCAUUCGUUAUUUCAUCUUGUUUCCUUUCCUCUUCACUUUUCUUUUCUUCCCGUCUUUUUAUUUUUACCUCAUCUCUAUUUCCUUCUUCUUCCUCUCUUUUUUCUACUGUUUCUUCCCCUCUCUCUUACUUUCUUUCACCUCUUUCUAUUUCUUUCACUUUUGUUUCUCUUUCUUUCAACUCUUUCUUUUCUUCUCUUUCUUUUUCCCCCCUCUCUUUUCUCUUUCUUCUCCCCUCCCUUUUCUUCUUCUCUCUUUUCCUCUUUAUUCCCUCUUCUUUCUUUCCCUUUUUAUUACCCUUCUCACUAUUCAUUUAUUUCCCCAUCUGUCGCUCUUUUUCUCUGUAUUUCCUCCUCUUUUUCUCUUUAUUGUUUCUGCUUCUUUUUGCCUCGUUUUUUUUUACUUGCUUUCGCUCUCUUUAUUUUUCAUUUUCAGUUUUAACAGAUGGGUUUUGCAACAGUGGAGUGAUAUCAAAAUGUACUCUUUCUCUCUCUCUCUCUCUCUCUCUCUCUCUCUCUCUCAUUUUUUCUUUCUUUGUACUUAUUUGUGUGUACACAUCUAUAACUAUAAUCUGAAUGUCAUGCAACACUGUUUCAUUUCUUUUCUUUUAUUCUUAUUCUUUGUUUCUUUCUUUGUUUUUUCUUUGUUUCUUUGUUUUUCUUUACCUUUUCUUUUUUCUUUCCUUCUUUGUUCCCAGUUUGUUUCUUUCUUCGUUUACGUCUUUGUUUAUCUGUUUUUUUUUUUCCUUUCUUCCUUUUUUCCUCUGGAUCUUCUGUUUUAUGUCCUUUGUUUUAUUUCCUUUUUUCUGUAUUUUCUCUUCCUUUUUUUCUCUAUCGCUGUUUUUCACACCCUCGCCUCUUUCGUUGGGUUUUAUCUCUAG